CUCUUCUCCGCACCGUCGCGCCGUGAAGUGGAUGUUUUGGUGAGAAAAUACAGUGUCGAAAAGGGACGUAAAUACGUUUAAAACAUGAGAUUUCGACCGAGCGGGACCUAAAGCGGCUCCGCGGGGGAAAGAGGGGCGUCUGCGGCGAAGGUUUCGGUUCAUAUUUGUGUCGUAUUCCUCCGCAUGUCCGCUUUCUUCGUAGAUGGUCUCCGGCGAGCGUUGUCUGGCGGCGGACGACGAGUUGUCGACGAAUAAUAUGAAGGAGAUGAUCGGUGGUUGCUGUGUUUGCUCUGACGAGAGAGGCUGGGCGGAAAACCCGCUGGUGUACUGCGACGGACACGGCUGCAACGUCGCCGUGCAUCAAGCCUGCUAUGGCAUCGUGCAGGUGCCCACUGGUCCUUGGUUCUGCAGAAAGUGUGAAUCUCAGGAGAGAGCAGCCCGCGUGAGAUGUGAGCUGUGUCCCCACAAAGAUGGAGCCCUCAAGAGGACAGACAACGGAGGCUGGGCCCAUGUUGUUUGUGCCCUUUAUAUACCUGAAGUGGAAUUCGCCAAUGUCUCCACUAUGGAGCCCAUAGUGCUACAGUCAGUGCCACAUGAGCGCUACAACAAGACAUGUUAUAUCUGUGAGGACCAGGGCAGAGAGAGUAAAGCCGCCACUGGAGCCUGUAUGACCUGCAACAAACACGGCUGCAGGCAGGCCUUCCAUGUCACAUGUGCCCAGUUUGCGGGGUUGUUAUGUGAGGAACAAGGAUCGGACGCAGACAAUGUCAAGUACUGUGGAUAUUGCAAAUACCACCACAGCAAAUUGCGAAGGAGCAGGGGCCGUGGUAGUAGGUCUCAAAGCUUAAGUGACUCUUCCUCUCAGUGUAUGGAUAGACCCCCAGACACGGACAAGAAGAAACACAAGGAGCGGGACAGGCACAAACCGAAACACAAGAAGACCUCCAUGGACAUGUCGCCCUCCCUCGUCCUUCCUAACAUCAUGGUCCCAGACAAGAACUACAACAGCAGCAGCUCAGGGGGAGGAGUCACCUCCCUGCCGGCGUCCUCACAGAAGCGGCUGGACGACGGCACCGCCCGUUUCACCACCGCCAACUUCCAAGAAGUGUCAUCCGCUCUCUCCGGCGGCGGCUCCAAAGACGGCUUGGCGGCAGAUGCCGGGAAGGCGGCAUCUGAGGCGAAGAACAAGAAGAACAGCGGCGCGAGUCACGCGGUGGGACAGAGGGGUGGCCGCAAGUCUCUCACCUCCUCAGGGAAACCCCUCCCCUCCGCCGUGGUCACCAUGGCAACCUCCUCCACAUCUGCCUCCGCUUCCACUGGGCCUUUCCACCAAGGCCUCCUGUUGACCAGUGCCAGCAAGACGCCCUCUGCUGCUUCCUCCUCAGACUUCCUGAGUUUCUCAGAUUCAUCGUUGCGUUCGGGGGGUGGGACUACCUUCUCCUCUCCGCCGUCUUUCAGCAGCUGCCUUGUAAAACCAAGCUCUGAAGGUGGAGCUUCAGAGGGAACUACGACGCUCUUUGGCUCUCUGAUGUCCGCCACUACAGCUUCUGCAGUGGGCGGGAAGCUGUAUGAGAAUUCCCACAGUCACACAGCCAGCGAGACGACAAGCCUCGGUGGGUCCGCCGGCUACAAACGGCCCCAGCCCUCCAGCUCAGUGCCGGGGAUCGGAGGAGCGGCGGCGGGAGGAGGAGGGGAGGACGGGGUGAAGAAGAAAAAGAAGGGCAACUGGCGAAACAGAUUUGGACCUUGCUUCACCACGGAUGUGAAGCCGUCGGAGCCGGCUCCCUCCCUGACCCUCCCCACCUCCUCCACGGUCAACACCACCUCCUCCAUCGCCACCCCAUCCUCCUCUUCAUCCUCGACACUCACAGGCCGGCCAGGCUUAGUAUCCAGCAGUGGAUUAGGAGUGGGGGUGGGAGGAGGAGGAGGUGCAGGAGGAGGAGGAGGAGAGAGGGGGCUGGGGGUCAUGGGUGUCAACGCUGGGAUUCAGAAGUCCCCGUCACUCCUCAGGAAUGGGAGUCUGCAGAGCAACAGCAGCUCCACAACCAGCGGGCCAGGUGUUUUCUCUGGUGCCGAUGGGUCAGCGUUGGGGACAGGCGCUGUCCCUGUUGGCGGCGCCGGCUCUGAGUUGUCACAGCAACAGCAGCCCACACCUUCGCUAGCCCCUCCCUCUCCAUUCACCGCCACCGCACCGCUCACCAGCACAGCCUCCACGCACGUGAGCGGUCUGCCAGGGUCCGUCUUCAACCUCGCUCCCUCCCACAUGUUCGGCAACAGGCUCAAUCCCAACUCUGCAAUGGCCGCACUCAUCGCCCAGUCCGAGGCCUCGCCAGCAGAUCAGGAGGUGGGAGACGGCAGCAGCGGCGUCGGAGCUCAGGGCUUCUCCAUAAGAGCUUCUCCCAAGACCACCCCGCGCUCUCCCAUUGGUGGCCUGCAGAUCCGCUAUGACUCCUCGGGGUCGUUGCCGGGGCCGGGGCUGGGGUUGCUAGGGGCGGGGGGAGGCGGCGGGGAGACGCUGCCCCCGGUGGCCACCAGCAUAGAGCAGCUCCUGGAGAGGCAGUGGAACGAAGGACAGAGCUUCCUGCUGCAGCAGGGAGCGCAGGGAGACGUGGUGGGCAUGUUGAAGUCCCUCCACCAGCUGCAGGAGGAGAACAGGAGGCUGGAGGAACAGAUCAAAACUCUAACCAUGAAGAAAGAGAGACUGCAGCUCCUCAGCGCCCAGCUAUCAGUGCCUUUCACCCCCACCACGGCCUCCUCCGAUGUGAAAGGAACUCAUCUGGGAGCCACUGACUCAUCUCUACCCGUGGCAGCUCAGGACGGUGCGUCAUGUGGUGGCCACAGCAGCAGUGGCUCCACCUCAUCUCUCUCCACGCCUCCCUCCGUCUCCCAGAGUCCGCCCCAGCCUCAGCUGAACGGGGUCGCCGCUGUAGGGACGGCCCCAGCCGGGCUGGGCGGGGUGGCGGGGCUGAUGGGUGCUCUGGGCGCAGGUAGCGCUCUGGGCAUGGGAGGGAUUGUCGGGGCGCUGAACGGGGUGAUCCAGACGCCGGCGGGCACUGCCAGCCCUCACACACACACUACGGGAGCAGCUACGGGCGUCUCGUUGCCUGUUAAUAACAGCUCAGCAACUAGUAAAAACAGCGCCGCGCGGCUCAGCCUGCUGUCUGAGCAGCAGAGAUUCCUCCUGCAGCAUCAGCUCCAGCAGCUGCUGUCCUCACAGCCUUCAGCGGAGCAGCAGCAGGUGUUGUUCUACCAACUGCAGCAGGACCUCCAGCACCUGCAGUCCCUCUCCUCCGCUAACCAGAUCCCCUCCAUCCCACUCUCCUCCGCUCAGCUGCCCAUCAACAACCUGAUGCCUGGCGCCCAGAGCCAGGGCCAAGGCGCCAUCACCGCCAACCCUUUCCUGGCGCUGCAGCACGCACACGCCGACACGCACGCCUCGGGGGCACAGAAGCCGCGGCUAGCUGAGAAGGCCGUGGGCGUCGCAGGGCAGGAGAAGACAUGACGGCAGAUGCUCUUUAUUUUUUUUGGUUGUUUCUUUUUUUUAAUAAAUAUGCAGAGUCUUCGGGAGAUCAGCCUGUUUGUCAACUUUGUGGUUCAGUGAUGAGAACAUUGGCAGCAGAGAGAUCUGUGUUCCUGGUGGAUUUUUCUUUCCAGUGGUCGACUUUGUCAGGUUUAUUUUGCAACUCUUUCAGGUUACAGUCUUAACUAAACAUUUUGUUUUCAUUUGUACUAUUUAUGUCCAUCCAAUUUUAAUGUUUUUGUUGUUUUUUUUUAGCUGUAGUGCUGCUUCGGGUUCUUAUUUUGUCACUGAGGUAAUGAUUUUCAUUCGGUAUCACUGGUAGCAACUUAGUGUGUUAGUGUCGGUAAAUAAGCACAUGGUGUGUUGGUCAGGUCGGCUCCUCAGAAACCUUUUCUGUCAGUGAGUUUCGCUCAGUUUUUUAUUGUACACUCUCAUCAUUCUGCUUCUUCUUCACGUUUCCUCUUGUUGCUGUGUCGUGUUUUUGCAUCUUUUCCGUUUCCACAUUUCUCUUGCUGCUUCUCCAUCCUCCACGCCAACAGUCCCUUUCAGUCUGGUCUCUCUGUUGUCUCACUCUCUCAGGGGCCUCAGCUAACCAGAGUCGUGCACUCGGCGCACAAGCUAGCACACACACACAACUACAAAUGUAAAAAGAAUAGCAGAAAUACAUGAAUAUAAAAACUACACUUCCCCACCACAGGACUUAACAGUAGCAGAUGUAUGUUUGACAUCUGUGUCGCGGCGACCCCGAGGGGAAUGUUGGGCGAGAGGCUUGUGAAAAUAUCCCACAUGUUCUCGCUGUCGCCUCUCUCCCCGUGUCUCUUCCACUCCGUUUGUGCAGAUCCGUUAAUGUCAGUGAGCCAAGCCUCGUAUGGUCACCACGGAAGCCUUGCUUUUGACUGUCUCUUCUCUGGGCCAGAUUCAGGGGGCUCACUCAGGGAUGUGAAACGUAAAAAGAUAAAACCAGCAAGUUGAAUGUUCAGAGGGAUGCUUGAAUCCACAAAGAGAAAUUAUGCAGUUGGUUGUCAGCGCGCGGACGUCAUUACAUUUCAUCUUCCUGAUUGAGCCCCCCGCUGCAUCUACCUCUCGAGCAGGACCAGCCUAUCAGGACCUAAAAGGCCGACAGCAGCGGCCGCUAAAAACCCACAGCAGUCAGGACUGGCCAAUCAGGGUCCAAAAUCCCAAGUGCCUGAGGCCAAGGGGGGGGAAGGCGGGAUUUGUUUUCCUUUUACCUGUGUCCCUGUCACUCAGCCCAAUUCUUCAUAAUGCUACUGGUAAUUAAGCUGCGUUGCUACGGCAACAGAUGACAAAAAAGAUUUCAUAGUAUCAAUAAAACCAGGAAAUAUAAUUCUGCUGCGUUCUCUAAUAUCAAAGCCAACUUUGUAUUGUGCUUUUUAUUUAUUGGGAGUUUUUGUCUGUGUAAUGGGCAUAAGAUGAUAUAUUUUAAACGCCCGCUGGUGUUGCUACUUAACAUCAAUUUGUACUACUGUGUAAAGUUUUGUUUGUAUUUUUGUUUCCCCCUCAUACAGUCAAAUCUUGCUGUAAACCCUUUUUAAUGACUUCUUCUCUGUGUUGUGUUUGGAAGCUAGAAGCUACUUGAUAGUUGGCUGAUUGGGGGAGGGGGGGUGUGGCUGUACAUAGCUGUUUGUAGGGGGGAGGAAGUGUGUCGCAGUGGCACAGUUUUUACCUCGUUAAGUGUACAUAAACCUUUCUCAUUGGCCGUUGGUGUACAUAAGUGAUUGUGAUUGGCCGUGCUGGUGUGAAGGAAAGCCAAUGAAGCCUCAGUUUGUGUGUGUGUGAAUCUUUUAGGACCAGAUUUAAAAAAAGAAAAAAUGAAUUUAAAAAAAAAAAAUAAGGUUGACAGGACUGGACACACAAAGUAUUAAUUUAUUUUUAUAUGUGCAGGGACAUUGUGUUUCUUUUUUUUUUUUUUUCUUUUUUUUUUUAAAGUUUUGCACCAUUUUUCUUGAUGAGAAGUCAUUUUAUACUUGGCACCGUGUUUUCAUCUGUGCACACAGUUUGUUUGGAUCAAUUUUGUACGAGAGGAGAAUAACUGGGGGGGGGGGGGGUCUGAC